CGGCAUAAGGAAAGCUAGCAAUCCUAUACAUUUAUCUAAUAAAUCAGUUCUACUGAAUUCAACGGGGUUUAACUCCCAGGCAACAGGAAAUAAUCUAGCUGGGCCUUCUCCUUUAUUUUGGCAACAGGCGACCCCGCCCUACGCGCGUUCGUCUCGCCACGACCCGCCCCUUAGAUACUCUACAUUGACCCAAGUGCGGGAAGGAAGCUGCUUGUGGGGAAUAAAUUCAGGAGCGCCGGCGGAAGAAUUCUGCCCGGGGCUACUUUUUGUUCGGCUUCGUCGCGUUCUUUGCAGACGCGCUCGCGGCCUUGACUGGGCGGUAGCGAAGGACCAUCCCACCCCCGCCCCGUUUCGACGGACGUCGCCAUGGCGACAGGACGCGGUUGGAUUCUGAGGCAGCACAGCUUAGGGGUUUCGCGCCCGUUGUCCGACGCGAUCCCUUCUCCCGGCGUCGACUCGCGGUCGCCAUUCUUAGUCGCUCCUUCAGGCGCUACUGCUGGGGUGGGUGGGGGAUCACGGGGCGUCUUGUUUGAACGCCCUAAACCCAGAUCCCCCGGUGCCUUUCUUGAGUCUCACAGUUUUAGGCAGGUUUACUCGCUUUCUCUCACAGAAUAUACAGCCUAAGUCUUUAUGUCACUGGAAAAGUGUGUGUGUGUGUGUUUGAGGGGGCGCUUACCUGUUUUUCUGCUUGUUAUGUGCCCAUUAUGUGUCCCUUUUAAGCUGAUUGGUAGUGUUGCUGUUUCAUUCUUGAAUUUGACUCCUUUUUUAGGAGGAAUUGUAGUACAGUGGUACCUUGGUUUGCAUAUGUUUUGGAUUACAAACAUGUCAAACCUGGAAGUUUGCAACCUUUUCUUUGCAACCUUUUUUUGGAUUACAACCCAUUGUUUUGGAUUACGAACAAAUUUUUUUUGGAGGCCCCAUUGGCGAAAGCGCACCUUGGGUUACAACCUGUUUUGGUUUACAAACAGACCUCUGAAACGGAUUAUGGUUGUAAACCAGGGUACCACUGUAAUAUGAUGUAGCGACUCAUCCAUAAAUACUCCUGGGUUGGUUUUCAGACCAAAACCAUGCUGAACAACACCAGCACGACAACAUAAUUACAAUAAAAAAGAAAGAUGGUAGAGAAAACGUUAAACAGCCUAUGCUUAACACUUUUUCAAGUGUUGCAAACCUUGGGCCACAAUCCUGUACUCGCUUGGGAGGAAGACUCAUUUAAUUUGGUGGGAUUUAUAAGAGUUUAUAAGAGGGCAAGAACAUGAAAAACCCAACGAACAACAGUGAACAAAUAAUUUUGCAAGCUUAUUGGGCUGUAUUCCCCUCGCUGGCAAUCUUCUGGGGACCCAGUGGUGGGAGUGGACAGAGGUAAAAGUGAGUGGAGCAACAGGUGAUUUUUUACCUUUGGAUAGUAUGCGACUUUCUACCUAAAAGUUAGAUUUCUAUAUACACCCAUCGAAUCUUUCCAUCCAGGCAGGCAAGAGGCAUCAUCACAGUACAGUUCAAGGAUGCAUUCCAGCCUGGCCAAAAUCACUCAAGGAGGGCAUGAAAUAGGGCUGGUGAGAACUGUGGCCUGGGACUAAAGACCUGAGAGAGAGGUUUGGAGGAUCACAUUUGACCUUGGGCCUAAGGUUCCUACCCCUGAUGAUGAUGAUGAUAAUAAUAUGUGUUGUUUUUUAUAGUGCUAUGUCGGAAUACCCAGCAGCCAUGCAACUCAAAAAGACACACACUCGCAGGAUGUGUACGAGGUCUACUAGUAUCAAGUCAAAUUCUGCAAUUGAUUUUGACAGGUAACAUACUCUUGAUGCUUUACAGAUGCAUGCUUACCUUGUAUGUAAAUCUCACUGAAUUCAGUUGUACUUAUUCACUAGCAAGCAUGCUUAGGAUUUUAGACAAGUAUUUAUCUUUUAAAUACUUAGCUGGACAUUUAUGAUUUCAAGAGCUGGUUUAAUUGUAAACAUGUCUUGGUGUGUAACCACAGAUUCUUUCACAUGACCCUGAAGGUAAACUGAAUUCUUUUGGUGAUUGUACAUUAAAAAUGCUAAAUUAAUUUUGUGUAGCUGAACAGCUCAUGGCAGUGUCAUCCCUAAUAAUGAAUCGUAUAUUUUCAUAAUAACAACGAGGCUUGUACCACUUCAUAAAUGAGGGUAGAAAUGUGGAAGCUGCUGAGAAACCUAUAUGUGUGGUUGAGGCUCAGUGUAGUAGUCAUAAUGUAUGAAAUGAAAUUGGUCAUCCUAUGUACAGUGUGGAUCAGUGCUACAUGAUGCAGACAGCUGAGACCUAUUCAAGUGUUUUAAUUUAUCACAUGAUGAGAGACAGUGGGGAUGAGCAUCCCUAUCACCCUACAUGAAUUGGAGGGAUAACUUCUGGGGUGAGGAGCCUUUUCUACUCAAGUAGGUCCCCUAUGUAAUUUAUAACCCUGAGUUCAUGUUAUGACGCCUAUAUUAAUAGAACAGACUCUGUUACAAAUGUUUGCCUCCAACUUGGGGAGGUUGACAGGGAUAGACACCAUAGAGUUAGAGCUAGUGUGCUUGUCAUAUUUCCCCUCACACAAUAGGGACCUUUUCUGCACCGACAUAGACACCUUCCAUGGAACAGUGCUGAUCCAUGUUGUGAACUGUUGGUAUAUAUUUCCACCUGCUAAAACUCUUGUGGACUUCUGUGUGCAAGCAGGAGUGACACUAAUUCUAUCACUAGAAUGAAAAGUUUUCCCACUUAAAUUCCUUUAAAUGAGUGAGAGAUGCCCAUUGUGCCCUAAAUUACAUUUACCUUCUUCAUAUUAUGUUUGUGUGUGAUGAUGGAAUUCUACAGGUUAUUUCUGCUUUUGUUUUCACGUAGACAGAUUUUUGUGUUCCAGAUUUAUGAAGCAGGGAUAGAUUUCAUUCUGAUAUAUGCUGCUGCAUGUUUCUUCCACUCAAAUAACUGCAUCACUUUUUCAUCUUCAUCCUCCAGAAUGCCAUCAGAGAUACUACUGAAGAUAUUAUCCUACCUGAAUGCAGAGUCACUGCUGUGUACUGGCUGCGUGAAUAAAAGUUUUUAUCAUCUGUCCAAUGACAAGUAAGGGACAGUAAAAUAUAGCCAGAGGUUUUUAACAUGACAGUAGUCAUUAUAAUCUAAUUUAUAUUAUCCCUUUAUGUUUGGUCAUUGGGAGAAAGCAAGCAAGUACAACUUACUGUACUAAUUUUUUCUCAUCGUUACAGCAGUUUACAUGAAAGAACUUAUAUAGUGUUAUUAAGCUAUGCGGAAGUUUGAAUCAGUCUGAAUGUGAUUUGUCCCAGUUUGGGGAAUAAAGCAAGUGCUGCCCUGCAUCAGAAACACCUCUGCUUCAUCUACUGUUUUGAGAACUGUUAUGGUAGAAAUAUGGUAUAUAAAUAUUGUAAAGAAAUACUACACAUUUACAUGCUCAUAAUAUUUUGUAUAUAUUUUCUGUAUACUGUAGUACUCCCCCUUCCCAUCAUUGGCCUUGAGGAUGUGGUUUGAAAAAGGAUUAAGGAUAAUAAGUGAAUAAAAAUAUAAUAGUAAACAAGGACACAUGUGUAUGCCAGUAAACUUUUGUUAGGUCUAUAAAUAUCAGAUGUUUAACUGCUUUUUAGGCACUUAUUUCCCCUCCGUGCAUCAGAAAAAAUUGCCUUAGUAAUUCUUGGCCACUGGGUGUGCAGGGAGGUUAUACUUAACAGUAAUUAUGUAUGUGCCAUUUGGAUCUUAGUGGCUCCCAAGUUGUUCUGGGUACAAUUCAAAAUACAAACCAGCUUAGACACUUGGGCCUUUUUACAGGUGCUGCUAUGAAAGUAGUGUUGUUUGAUGUUGGAUUGGCUGGCAGAAGACACGGGGGAUUCCCUUUGAUAUAAUUUGUUAAGAAACUGUUGGGGUUUUUAAUUUAGUUUCUUAGGUGGUCACCUAAUAUCUUAUUCUAAGGAAUCCAGAACAAUCAUAAAUAAUUUGUAGUCAUUUAUGCUCUUUUAAUAUUGAUUAUAUUGAUUGUGUUUGUUAGCUUUUCAAUUGUUGAUGACUGUCUUGAGACUUGUUUUGAAGGAUGGUGGGAUAAAAAUUGAGUCUAUGAAUAAAUAAUGUUGUGCGCUUAUCAUCCAAUAGUCAAUUUUAGUGUUAAUUUUAGUCUAACAUUAAUAGAGAAUGACAUAAAGCUGGAUCAUGAGUGCUAAUUAACAAAAUUUGUAGCAGUUCAGCUACAUUAAGAUCAUUCAAAGUGUUGGCAUUUUUUUGGUAGAAGAUAGAAUCUGCCUCCUGAUACUUAAUGAUGGCUUAAACAUUAUCUCAGAACAGCAUGCUCUUUAAAUAUUUCAGUGAUUCUUAUGUUAUUUUAUGUUGUAUUUUUCUCCAGUACAAUCUGGUUCAAAAUAUAUUCUAAGUCUUUUCUGCCUAAAAGAAAAAAAUGGAGGACUGAAUCUGCCCAGGAAUCAGCUGUCUCUCUGAAUCUUCCAGAGUUGCAAGAUAGAGAGUCAGGAUAUUGGAAGAAAGAGUACAUCAUGAAAAAAAAAGCUGCUGGCAAAGCUGAUCUGAUUCAGCUUCUGAAGCCAAUAAAUGCCUGUACUGGCCUUCCACUGAAAACCAAAGAAGCUAUCAAGUGAGCAGUUUUAUAUAAUGUGUAAUACAUGGACAUUUUAAAUAUUUUAAUGACUAUCUAUUUUCUUUGUGAGUAAAGGAAGAAAAAAAUGGAUCAUUUGAUAAAUAUAUGUAAAAUUGAUACUAUGAUUAAUAUUUAGUUACCAGGUAGGAAGUUAAUAAAAUUGAAAGAAUAUAGAUAAUUUUGUUAGCUUUGGAUUUUGUUUGUAGAGCAUGUUUUGGAGAAAACAAAUAGGUUCUGUUUUAGAAACAAAGGGGGAAAUGUGGCUCUCUUCUAUGAAAUUCCAAGCAUUUUGAUUAUAGUUAAUUUUAAUGUUCUUUAUCUGUAUGUAGAAGUGACACUCUAAGGGAGCAAUCCUACAGCAAGAUCAACUGCGAUGAGCAGAUCCAGAAGCUCUCUGGAUGAGUCAGGAGGUUCCCAGUACAGCCAGGCUACACUGACUUAACUCCAUCAUCCUCAGCGCAGCCAGAGAUAUACUGACAUAUCCCUCCCAUCCUGGCUUAGCUAGGACCCUCCAGCUGAGACAUGCCUGGUGGACUAAACAGAGAGGAUUUAGGCUCGAUCCUAAGCUCACCCACCUUGGUCAUGUGACCUGACAGCCCAGUGUAAAUUAAACCAGCUAACAGGGUAGUGUAACUCAAACAGUAUUUUAUAGACUGGCUCAGCCAGCAGUAGCCUUGCUGUGGAGUUUGGAUCUGUUGUACUUUACACCAGUUUAACUGAUGCCGGGCUUGCUUAGGAUUGUUACCUUAAACUUUGCACUCUGCCUUUUGCUUUCCCAAUAACAGGAUUUCUGGUUUAAAAUGGAUGGUCAUACUAAAGGACAGAAAUGGAAAGCAACAUGUGCUGGAACAGACAGAAAUCUCUUAUAAUGAGACAUCUGUUACUGUGUAUUGGAAUUAUUUAAAGUGGCCUUGUUUAGACACUUUGUCAGGUUUGCAGAUAUUUGGAGUGACACCUAUACUUCUAAGUGACAGCGAAGUUCAUCCUAAGAAUAGGUAAGUUAAUUCUUUAAUUGUGCAAUCCUCACCACAUCUACUCAGAAGUAAGUCCUGUUGAAUUCAGUGGAUCUUACUUCUGGAUGAUGGGGGCUAGGAUUGCCACCCAACUUGUGUUCUUAGCAUAUUGAGCAGUGGUUGCUUGCUGAAGCUUCCUGAUGAAUAAUUUGUUUUCAAUUUUUUUAGAAUUCUUAUCUUCCACUGCUUGUAGUAGAAGGACAUUUACCACAGCACUGUACUUUGCAAAUCAGUUACCAACCAGUGACAGUCAAUUGUGAUGUAGUAGCAGACAGUAAUAUAGUCCAGGGUCAUGUUAAGUUCCAUAUGCAGUGUGUUCUGGACUAACAUACCUAACACAGAAGGCAAAGAGAUGUAUGCAUACAGCUAUUUAUCAUAGCAGUAUGGUGAUUGCUUAUUAUUGCUUGCUUAGGAGAUUUCUGAAUCCAUGGAUUUGGCAUCAGACGGUGAUUGAUUCCAGUGUUCCUCAUGUCCUCCAUGUACACAUUGCUUGUGCAAUAAGAAAACAAGCACAGAAAAUGGCUAACCUGUCGCCCUUCGGAUGUUGUUGGAUUAUAUCUCCCUUGAUUAUCGGCAAUGCUGCCUGUGGCUGAGGAAAGGUGUAGUCCAGCAACAUUGGGAGGCCAUAGGUUGGACAACCCUGCCUUAGACUUUGAAGCUGGAGGGGACAGGAGUUGACACCCAACAAAGGGGAAGUUGGAAACCCCUUCAGUAAUAGUUGCAGUAUUGUUCUUAUAAUUUGUUCCAAAAACAAGUUAUGUGCAAUAGCUUUUUAGUUGAUUAUGUCAGCGUUUUGGAAAAGACAAAAACUAAUCAAACUUCCAUAUUAACAAUACCUGUUCUUUUCUUAACUAACUCGAUGUCUCUUGAAAGGCCUUUGCAACGUUCUUUAAUUUCUGAAUAUGAUCUGGCUAACAUGACAGAAAAUGCAAAGAUGAUUGGCUGUGAUGCCCUUGUUGAACUUUACUGUUUUGAUCAAGGACUCUUGGUGGGAGUUUGGAAGGUAAGAUUACUCCCCCAAUAGGAUGCUUUCUGCAGUGGCUCUUAUUUUGUUUUCUUAUAUGUAAACUUACAUAUCCCCCUUUACAAGUUGAAAACAAUACUGCAGGUCAUAAAACCUAAACUAGUUUCAAGUUUCUUAUUCCAUAUGCUAAUUAGCUGUUAAGGCUUUGUUUUAAGAUUAUUCAUUUCUUUAUUUUCUGCCUUCUUUAUCUGUUAUUUGGUUAAUAGUAUGGCUCCUCCAAAAUGUACUGAUAAAUUAUACAAUGUGGCUGCUGCUGAAAGGUGUAUGAAGAUUGUGUUAUGGUAGAUGGAAUUACUUCUAGAAGUACAAGGAAUUCAGGGACAACAUGUUUCCUUAUACUGGGGUUGAACAAAGCUGCUUGCCCUUCCUAGUUUUACUUUGCCAUUGUAGAAUAAUUCUGGAAAGGUAUAUUUUUAAUUUUCUUAAUCAGGAUUUCAUAGAGUUCCAUUUAUUAAGGCAGUAGAUUUUGGAUCAGAUUUCCAGUUUAUUAACACAAAGAACUCUAGUAUUUUCCUAUUUUUAAUUCUAAUUUUCUUUUUGAGUACCAAAAAAAGGACUAUCACCAGAGGGGAGAGUGCUGUUGCACUCGAUUCCUAUUUGUGGGCUUCCCCACAAAUCUGCUGGACCACUGUGAGAACAGGAUGCUGGACCAGAUGGGCCUUUGGCCUAAUCCAGCCAGGUUAUUAUGUUAUUAUGACACUUUGCAUCCUUCAAAGGCUCCUUUUGUAGCCUGUUCGGGCGUUUAAAUAAUAGAUGGGAACUGUGUACAGCAAUUGACAUGAAUUGUAGUUUGUUGCUUUUAAGUUAUAAAAAUAGUAUAUUAAAAUGCCAGUGAUACAUGGUUAUAAUCUGGAGUAGGACAAGUCUUUCUAUGAGCUUAAAUGGAUUUUACUCUUCAAAAGUCCUUUUGGAAAAUUAAAUACUUCAUGCUGAAAAUAUAUGUUCUCUAUAAUUAACUUUUUAGAAAAGUGAAAUUGCUUUCGUUAUGGCAUGUCUUCAUUAUCAUCAGCUCAUUGAAAGAAGCACCCUUGGCUCUGCCACAGUGUAAGUACCGAUUUUAGUUGUCUUAUGGAUGCUGAGUGUAGCUCUACGACUUAAGUUCUCUUGAAACAUAACUUCCCUUAAAUAUGAUUCCUUUUCAACAAGAAUGUGAAUUAUGUUGGGCAAUGCUGGGCAGUGUUUGUAAUAAUUGACUUACAAAGCACAACAAUCUGUGGCUUUAAUGGUGCAUAUAAAAUGUUUAAUUAAAUUACUUAAAUUAUUGAGGUUCCAUUAAACAUUUGCCUGAUACCUUUAACUAUAAAUGAUUAUAGAGUUGAGUUUUAUAUACUCAGUUCUCCCAUUUUCUAGAAGUGUUUUCCCUUUUAUUUUGGCAGAGGAUUUGAAGAAAUCACCUUUUAGAAUGUGUUUGUUUAAUAUAUAAUGUAUUAUUUGGGGGCUAUGUGAAAGGUUAAGUUUGAAAUAAUGAUUGUCUGUUGGUGGCUGGCAGUUAAUUGCGUAAGACUGGUCUGAGAAAAGCUGGGUUCUUUUUAUACUGAGAGGAUUGUAAAAUUUCACUUCUGGUUGGCUUACUGGGUAGAAAUUCUAGGUCACUCAUUGGACCUAAAAAGUGGUCUGAAGACACAGAAUUCUAUGUCACUCAAAUCUGAUUGAUUGACAAGUAGGCUGGCUGCAACAUACAAAGGCCAGUCCUAUCACUGUUCAGAAAUAGUGAAACUGACUGAGACUGUGAACCAGAAGAAGCAGCUGGGAGAGAAAUCUGAAGUCUAGAGCUGAGACAAGUGGAAGAUGGGCUAUUGAGGCUAAAGAAAGCCUGGAAGUAUAGUCUCCCCCAUAGAGCUGAAUCAAUGGCUUAAGCUGAAGAUUGGCAGAGAGGCUUGGUUGUUAACAGAGAGAGAGAAUUCAGCAAGUUGCUUCUGGAGCUGACCAGAGAGAGAACUGCCUGCAUACCCGGCUCAUAGCAAACCAGCAUAAGUCCUCUGUACCUGGCAGUGGAGAGAACUGAGUGACUAAGGGUAUUAAGUUUGAUAGGGAUGGGACCUAUGCUUUCCAAGUCAGUCUUAUGUAAGUGUAUGUAUUUGCAAGCAACUGUCAUUUAUAAAACCUUAUUUUCCCUUUAUAGUUUAUACAUAAAGAACAUCUUGGUUUUUAUUUACUUAAAAGCAUACCUGGCUGGUUUUGUACAAUGUAUAAAGCAUAACGACUACCGGGUUAUAGUUUAAGUAUAGCUAUAUGGUGGCAGCUAUUAGAAGAGAGUGGGAGUAAAACAGGAACCCUUCCACAUAUAAAUCAGCAGGGGUAAAUAGAAGCUGUUCUCCAUAUUUAAGGACAAGUGACCCUCCACAGAGAAUAUGUUGUCUUCUCUUCCUGCUGCUUUACAGUUUAGUGUGUACUAGAAUUGAAUACAAGAACGACCAAACUACUGUAACAGACAUUCAAGCAAAACCAAGAUGACAGUACAUGGGAUAACACCAUAUGCAUUUUGAAGCUGAUUUCACAAGGAAAAGUAUUUUAGAAAUUAAUCUGUGUUACUGGGAUCUUGUUAUCCAGUUCAAACAUGAUUGAAAACUGCCAGAGAAAUUCACUUACAAAUAUGUUUAAAUCAAGGCUGUUUAAAUGUGCUAAUUUCUAAAGGCUGCUCAGAUGACAACACAGCCUGAGUAGGAAUAUUUGAAGCUGAAAGUAGCUAGGAAAAAUGGGAAGAAAUUCACAACAAGCAUUUUGUUUUAUGUUUUCUUAACAUAUUUUUAUACACUAUGCCUUAUUUCUUUCCUGUUCUUUGUUUCAGGAGAUAUGCUGCAGCCCCAGAUAAGGCUAUCUUGGAUGAUAUUGACCCAGAAUAUGGCAUGCAUGGCUAUCAGCUGCACAUUGACUUACACAGCAGAGGAAAUACUUACAUGUGUGGCACAUUUCGUAGUUUGUUUUGUAAAAAAGGUACUUUGAAGGCAUCCUUAAGAUGGUUUCUGUUGAUCUAAUUUUAGUAUGUGUUCCUAACCACAAGAAUGAUCCUUCUCUGUAAUUAUCCCCCCCUCCAACCUGGACACAUUGUCUCUUCUUGGUCUGAGUGGAGCAAGAUUGCAGCUGCCUGGGGAAGCCAAGGGGAUCCCUGCCCAAGGCAGGAGUUGUAGAUUUCUCUGGCUGUUCCCUGGGGGCGAACAGGAAGGGACAUGGACAGGAAGGGACAUGAAUAGGAAGGGACAUGGUUAUGAUAGAUGUGACUUUGGCCAGGUACUGCUCAUUUGAUAGUAGCAGUUAACUAUUUUUGUUUUACACAAUGGCUUCUUAGCUGACCUCUACCCCUUGAUUGAUUUUAUUGGAACUUUUGAUUGGCCUUGCAGGAAACCUUCUUGACCAUUGCACAUUAACAAUUUAAAAUUCCUUAAUUGUUUGCUGCAUGUAUCUAAUAAGUUGGAAGGAUAGGCCAAGUGUUCGUCAAAUAAAUUAUUUUCUAGAACUACUGACUGUGCCUUUCUCAGUAGAGAGAAGCUGAGUGGAGAUCUCAAUGUCUGACCACACCAUUAUUUUAGAUAAGGCUUCCUCAACUUCGGCCCUCCAGAUGUUUUCAGACUACAAUUCCCAUCAUCCCUGACCACUGGUCCUGCUAGCUAGGGAUAAUGGGAGUUGUAGGCCAAAAACAUCUGGAGGGCCGAGGUUGAGGAAGCCUGUUUUAGAUAUUGUUUCCUUUCUUCUCAUGAUCCCUCAUCAAGCAGAAUAUUGUUCUGUUCCAAUUGCUCAGGUAUCAGAAAAUGGUGACCAGUGCAUUGGGGCUAGACUGAAGGAAAUAUAAUAGGCAGGAGACACAGUUAACUCUAUAUUUUGACAUUUUAUAUUCUCAUAUCUACUUAUGGCAAAUUCAGUUUUGUGAUAAUGAAUCUUUUAUGUAGCCAAAAUGGCAUCAUACAUGCACAAGAUGGAAGCAUCAGUAGGCUUGCAGAAACCUUCAGGUUUUCAGACAUACAAAAUAGUGCUGGAGGGGGCAACCUAGGGUUGGAAAUAACUCCCAAAGCAGCCCAGUGAAAAUUGAACUUUCUUUGCGGCUAUCUGACUGGUGGUGGAGUAAAUAAUAGAGCCUGAGGAGGAGAGGACAUAAAAGAACGGAAAACAGAACAGGAAUGUUUCAUACCGCACAGUUUCAUUGUGGUUCCACUUAGUCAUGUAAUUCUGAGGUUGGCAAUAACCUAAAAGAUAAGGUAACUGUUACGAUAUAGAAGCAAUGCAGCCGCGAGCUGGUAGCUUGAAAGCAAAACAUAAUGGGAAUGUUGGGACUGUUCCGUGGGAAACAGAGGGACAGUCAAUUCACAGUGCAGAGGGCACCGGAAUUAGCUCAGAGUGUAAUAUGAGCUGUACAGGAAGUACAGGAGGAGUUAGUCUCUCGACUGCUGAAGCUUGAAGAGAGCAGUCAUGAUUUUUGUAACGCUGCAAAGACAGAAAUAAAAGAAUGUAAAUACGUAUCUGUCUAUCUCUCUCCCCUGCCCGGGGGGGGCAGGAAAGAGGGUGUGUGUUCUUCUCACUCUGAGAAGGAUCGCCUAUCGCGACCUCUCCCUGGAUCCUGCUGGGGAAUGCAGACAGGGAGGUCAACAGGAGAUCAAGCCGGGUGCCUGGAGAGUGGCCAGUUUCUCCUGAUAAAGGCUUGAUUCCCAACAGUUACAUCUUAGAAUAUAACAUGUCAGCCAAAUAUGCAGAUGAACCUGAAACACUGUGGAAGUAUCAAUACUGAUAUUUAUAAUAAGAAAUAUUUUGGGUAAGGAUGAAUCAGCUGAUAAUCAUGCAGAUUAACUUCUGAAAACUUUUGACAUAGACCCUCAUCAAAGGUUAUUAACAAUUUUAAUAGCUAUAGCACAAAAACCAUCUUCUUGGAAAAUCAGUACUGUAGAUGAAUUGAUAAAGAAACUGAAGUGGACAUAAAUGGUCAGUUUUCAUAGUGAAGAGGGGUGAUUAGUGGAAUUUCUUGUUCAACUUACUAUCUAAGAGCAUUUAAUAUGAUGUCUGGAGGCCAUUAAAAGAUGAGCAGUGUAAAGAUUAUUAGCAAAGGGGUAGAAAAUAAAUGUAGAAGAUUGCAUAAUACAGUUUGAUCAGUUUAGCAGCCAUAGUGCCCUAGGAAUCUUUCAGGCCUCAGGAUAUCAUCUUGAGCAUCCCUGACCUUUACAGUGUUAACAGUUGGAGUAAUAAUAACAACACGUUGUUGUUGUUAACAGUAAUUUGAAUGUGUUAGACGCUUUAUCUUGCCCUAGGCAACCCAAAGCAAUGGACAACCAACCAAACAGGCAGACAAAAAACCCAAACAUAGAUACAUUAAAACCAAGAGGAAAAAAGAAAUACAUUAAAAACAUCUCACCCACUUCUAAAAGGCUACAGAUACUAAAGGCCAGAAGCCUGGUUAUAGAGGAAAUAUUUAAUGAUGGUGCCAGGAGAGCCUCCCUGAGGAGAGCAUUCCAAAAAUUGGGGGGGGGGGGGCAGAAAAGGCCUGUUCUCAUGUUGCCACCCUUCUUGUGGAGGUGUACACAAAGAAGGGCCUCAGAUGAUGAUCAGAGGGUCUUGGUAGGUUUAUUUUGGGAAACGUGGUUCUUGAGGUAUUGUGAUCAUGAGUAUGCUGUUAGUGUUGUCUUAAGUUAUACACUUUUCACCUCUAUGUCCAUGUCACAAUCAGAAAGCUGUCUGGUGGACUGGCUGUGACUCAUUUUGGAUCUUGUAUUCAUAGAUGACAUAAAUCUUAUUUAGAGGAGAGUGAAGAAUGUUCCACUUACUGUUAAUCUGAUAUGAGGUAUCUUUUUAUGGCUUGCUGAUUGUUACAGAUUACAUUAGGAAUGGAUACCUGAGGUUUACUGUGAUAAGUUACAAAAAAACGGCCCAACAUCUACCUCUUGUUGGAAACAUUGGCUUAUCUUGGAUGACAGGUGUUUUUGAAGGCAAUGUUCAGGUAAAAUGCGGGGGAGGGGGGUGGAAAGAGAGAGAGAAGGGAAAGCUGGUAAAGGAAUUUAGGGAUCCGUAAUGUGGUAGAUUGGGGUUGAGGGAUAUUUUUAGAAGUUAAUCAUUGGUCUAGCAAAUACUGCUAGUUUUGUUUUUGGUGACACCUUUGUGUAGCCUCUACACAUCUGCUUAAUGGGAAAUUAGGCCUUAUUGAGUUCGCUGCUGCUGAUUUAUGAUGUGAUUCAGAAGGAAGAUGUAAAUAUCUUCUGUGCUAUUUUGCUGAUAACUAUAAACAAAAACAAUAGGACAAUAACAUGAUUGCCACAGCCACACCUUCAAAAUAUUGCUGUUUUAAAAAUACAAGUCUUUGACCUUGGCUGUUAUACAAUCAAAGGAGAUAAAGAUGACCUACCUUAAUUUUGUCACACUUAAUUAAUUGAAGUGUAUCUGGGUUAUUAGGAUUUUGUGUUAGAAGGACUAUUUUACAGCUAAUCCUGACUGCUAUAUUCUGUGUAGCAACAAAAGCCAGCUAUAGCUCUGUGGGAAUAAGGAUUUUGUAGAUGCACCUUUGAAUGAAUAAUCAUUUGUGUUAUUGGUAUCAUGUGCAGAGUAUGGAGACUGAUUUUCUUUCUACUUUUCCCCCUUCUCGUUGUCUGUUGCAUGCUUUAGAAUUGUUUCAUUAUGGAUGUGACCCUUCUGGACGAUUCACAAAAACCGUAUUGGUGUUUUAGUGCUCCAGUCAAUAUGGCGCUAUCUCCCAAGCCAUCCGGUCUCUAUCAAUAUUUGGGACCCAGUUAUUAUUUGAAUUACAUGGAUUUGACUGGAAAAGUACAUAUGGAGCUGGUGUGGAUGGAAGAAACAAAUGAAUACUGUAUAAUCAAUCUGGUCCUUUAUUUGAGCACCGAGAAAGUUAAUAGCUGGUUUGGUACAAAUUACUGAAUUUAGUUUUUUAAACAGAGUUGCUUUACAUAAAGAUGAUUAUUUUGAAUUUUACCUGUCUCUAAAAAUAUGUACUAUAAUUUACAUGUAACAAAAACUCUUAUGUUAGCUGUCUGUGAAUUAAAAAGAAUAGUUUAUUUUCUGUAAACAUGUAAAAUAAAUUACUUUGUCUUUGA